GCCAAUUGCGGGGCUGCUGAUGUUCAGCUGUAAGCUGAUCUGGACGUUUUUUCUACGACUGACCCCUCUCUACAUCUUUAAAUCUACCAGCUCAAUCAGCGAAAAAAUCCCCAAAAAUGAAGGCAUACUGGUACGACAACAUUGAGGGCGACCAGCGCGAGCCGCACGACUCCGGCCGUGCCGUGUCAGAAGAGAAGCUCGCCUCGCUAGGCGUGCUAUACAAGCACUGCCCGACGAUCGCGGCGGUGGACACCAUCGCGGCGGAGCGCGGAUACCGUAACCGCGACGAGGUCUGCGUGUCGCCUGCGACUAUGGGCGCCAUCUACGAGGAGAAGGUUAAGUCGUUCUUCUCGGAGCAUCUGCAUGAGGAUGAGGAGAUUCGGUAUAUUCUCGAUGGGGAGGGAUACUUUGAUGUGCGUGGACAGGAGGACGAGUGGAUUCGUAUCUGUCUUGUUAAGGAGGAUAUGAUUAUUCUUCCUGCGGGGAUUUACCAUCGGUUUACUACCAAUGAGCAGAACUACGUUAAGGCCAUGCGUCUUUUCCAAGACGAGCCUAAGUGGACGCCGUUGAACCGUGGUGCGGAGGUUGAUGUUAACCCGCACCGCAAGACUUAUCUGGAAACUGUUGUCAGUCCUACUGCGGCUGUUUAGGAUGGGUCACUUUGAUAUUGAGAUGCGUUAUGACUGAAUUCUUUGCACAUAUACUACUGAACGGUGGAAAUGGGAUUUUUUGGAUAUUGUCUUAUGGCAUUUCCGUUGCAUAGAGCCUGUAAAUGUACAUGGGGACAGCAAACCCACAGUGAAUCAAUCGAAACCAUACCUAAGUGGGUAGGAGUAG